AUGUCUUCUUUUCAAAGGAGAUUUGCAUCUCUUUUGAGUACUGAUAAUUCGUCACCUUCCACUACUACAACAACAACAGCAGCAGCAGCAGCAGCCACAUCCACCAAGAUACAAUCACCCACAUCAGCUUCACCUGCAACAGCAAACAACUUGACACCAGACAUGGCUUUGUUCAACUCACCCAACAUGGGUAGCAAUAUUCGUCUUUCGCCUGCAGAUCGACAACAUCAUCAAAGGCCUGUAUCCGAGGUCUUAAAGCCUGAGAGUUUCAUUUCUCCUGAAGCCCAAGUGCUUGAUAAAUGGUUUGAAGACUUGCAGCAAUAUGAAAGCAGCCUGGAAUCCAUGGCGACAGCUAGUCUAGACCCCAAGUAUAAAGAAGAAGUGCAACAUGUUGAUCAGUGGUUUCGGUACCUGAAUGAAGCGGAGCGUACCGCAACAAUUUACACUCUUUUGCAGCAUUCAACUCAGGUCCAGAUUAGGUUCUUUAUCACUGUGUUGCAACAGAUGGAUAGAAAGGACCCAGUAGGUGCAUUGUUAUCACCAACACAUCCAGAGAAAGUGGACAUGCAAGCACAGCUCACAGGAGCUAUGAAGAAGGCUGAAUUGGAAGCCAGUCAGAAACUACUUUCUGUAUUACCCUAUCAAACAGGCCAAGUUAUUGCGAGACCUAAUGCCAAUGCGAUUAGACGGCAACACAUUGAUAGGCACUCAUUUGCUCUAGGCGAUACAGAGGAAUACGAUCAUCUAUUUUCUAGAGUCCCUGGCGAUUAUUCUUUGAGAAACAGCUAUGCUAGUCAGCAACAGCAGCAGCAGCAGCAGCAGCAGCAGCAUAGAGGCAUGUUUGAUCAUCCCAUCAACACGCGACCUAAAUCUGUUAUCGAAGGCAAUGCGUCCAUUUUCUCCAAUGACUGGUCUUAUGGAGGCUUCGGCCAGCACCAUCAGCAGCAGCCUCAGCAGCAGCAAAGACCCAAUGCUACUGUAGGCGCUAAUCGACCCAAAUCAGCUGAUAUUUCCAACUGGUCGUAUGGAUUGACAUCCUCAGUUAGUUCGAAAAGUGUGCGUGAUGGUAGUAAAGACUCGUUGGUGUCUCCUUGGUCAGGUCUCUCUCCUACUGUAAAUACGUUUCGAGAGCAGCAACAGCAACAACAAUCACAACAGCAAAAUGAAGUGGAUCAGCAGUUGUCCAUGAUGGCCAACAAGUGGAAUUUAGGCGGAGGAGGAGGAGGAGGAGGAAAUGGCAGUAAUAACAGAUCCUCGAUCAUUUUGAAUGAUGAUACCAACGGAUUCAAAAGACGUGCAACUGCCAUGAGCAUACCUGAAACAGCAGACGAGCAGUAUCAUGUGCAAUCACCACCUGCCACGCCUGCACCUGUUGUGAAUAAUCCCACUACCGCCAAUAUUGUCCUGUCCUUGUACGAUGAAUCUGUCAGCACACCGUCUACUUCGACUCAACUAUUCGGCCAUAAUGAAAAGAGAGACUCAUUUUAUAAGACAGGCGAAUCAUCGCCUGUGCCUUCGCAAUCUACAUCGAUGAAUUUGUUUAGCAUGUCCACCAAUACACGUUCUAGUACUCAUCCCGUGCCAAAGCAGCAACAACAACAACAACAUACAUUUGGCCAAUUUUUGAACCCCAAUGAUCGUAUCAAUACCAACGAGUCAGUGGAAACUGGAUAUUACAGUGACCAUAGUGAUACAUCGAAUCGAAGCAAUGGAUCUAAAUCUUACUAUAACAACAACAGCAACAAGAAAAAGGUACAUUAUGCAGGAAAUAAUGUCGCUCAUAAUGGAGGGUAUUACAACAGCAACGCAUUGCGAAAUGGUGGUGGUGGUGGUGGCAAUCAUACUCCUGCUGCAACAACAAAGGAGAGCAAAAAGAAUGUCGAUGCUAUUGACAUGGACUUGCUAGAAGAUAUUCCUGCUUGGCUUAGGAGUCUUCGUUUACAUAAAUACAAUCCUAUUUUUGAGAGCAUGAAAUGGCAAGACAUGCUGAAAAUGGAUGAUGAAGCUCUUUUGAAUAAGGGGGUGGCAGCUUUAGGCGCUAGACGCAAGUUGUUGAAGGUCUUUGAUCAGGUGAAAGCUCAUUGUGCAGCACAAAACAUCACAUAUUAA